AUGUACAUACGCUUCUUCUUAAUUGUGGCGCUUUUCUGUACAUUUACGACCUAUGCUUAUGAAGUGAAGCGUAUUCGAAGACAUAUUCAAAAGCCCGUAUCACCUACAAAAGAUUCAUUUUAUGUGCCAAAAGAAGGUUGGGAAAAGGCCAAACCUGGAACUAUACUAGCCUCUCGCAAAAUUCAGGCAGGCUUCACUGAAAGAAGAAAAAUUCAUUUGGACGGUGCUUAUCAGCUUCUUUAUCGAACCUCUGGUGUUGAUGACAAGAGCCCGUCGUUCACUGUCACAACCGUACUUGUGCCAAAGAAUGCCAGGACAAACAAGCUGGUGAUGGUCAUGCCGUACGAAGACAGUAACUUUGUCGACUGUGCUCCGAGCUACAAGAUUCAGCUAGGUGCACCUAAUGAAGUGAAUCCGAUCCAGUCAGUGGAAGAGUUGAUGUGGACUUCGAUACUAAAUGAUGGUUGGAUCCUGACAUUGCCUGAUCAUCAGGGUCCUCUAUCAGCUUUUUCAUCAAGCUUUAUCCAUGGACACGCGUCGUUGGAUGCAUUACGUGCUACAUUGAAUUUCGACACUCUAAAAUUGCAACCAGAUGACCCUAUUGUGGGUAUUGGUUACUCUGGAGGAGCUAUGGCUGGCGGCUGGGCUGCUUCUUUGCAUGACUCUUAUGCAUCUGAGCUCAACGUCGUCGGUUGGGCGCUAGGUGGUACCCCUUCCAAUCUCACUGGGACUUUCAGAGGCGUUAAUGGUGGACUUUUUGCAGGGUUCUCUGUUGCUGGUAUUGCUGGUCUGGUCGAUUCGUACCCUGAGGUGAAUGACUACAUCGGCUCUGUGAUUACUCCUGCUGGAAAUGAUGCACUUCAGUACACGCGCGAGCAUUGCAUGAUUGGUAUUGUCGUGGGAUUGCAAAAUGUAAAUAUGACACUCGAUUCGUUCGUGUCCAACGGCAACACCCUUUUGACUGAUGAGAAAAUUGCGCCUCUACUAAACAAACUCACCAUGGGUACAGAAAAGAGAUAUACGCCUAGAGCACCUGUCUACAUGUAUCAUGCAAGAAACGACGAAAUUAUUCCGUUUGAGCGGGCCAAUCAAACAGCCAAUAUAUGGUGCAAUAACGGUGCGAACGUUCUGUUCCAAGACUAUACGAGUAUCAGUAUGGGUCAUGUUUCUACUGAAGUGAUGAACACACCCUUUGUGCUCAAAUUUAUUCGUGACCGAAUGAGCGGCGUCGACUUUGUACAGGGAUGUCAUUGGAAAUCAGACUUGAACCCAUUGUGGAAGCCAGACAUUUUGGGUGCCCGUCUGAUUGAGGUGUUCAACUCUCUACUCAAUGUGCUCGGCGCCCAGGUGGGUCGCACGGACGAGGUGUUUAAAGAAAGCAUUAAACGGAGAAAUUUUACCAAGUCGUGA